AUGAUUUGGCUUGAUUUCCAGACCGAUCCACCGUUGAGUCCAUCGCAAAUAGCGACAGAGAGGCCGGUGAAAGUGGAACGGGUCUCUACUCCACCGGAAUGUCACGACCUACCCACGCCAAGUUCCUACGACAUGUUCAACAUACCUGAAACGCUCAUGGCAUUAGAAAAUCAGGUUUUCUCCCACACGCCCAUCGAAGCCGACUAUUCGAUCAAUGCCACGAAAAGGCAGAUUAAUCUCCCGUUUGAAGUGGUGUUCCGAAGGCCUGUGUUGGUCAGCCCUCGAUAUCCGAUGAGGUUCACGGGUGAACGAAUACUGACCCCCGAAGAUCUUAUUGAUGGUACGUUGAAUUGUCUCAAAUGUUCUUGA